AUGGGUUUCGAAGAUGAUCCGUACCGUGAUGUAGAUGGGGAGCCAUUGAUGGAUUUUGAUGACUUCGGAAAUGAUCGUGAGCCAUCGUCGGAGCCACUUCAGGAUGAUUUGGAAGAUAACUUGGCCGAUGAUAUCGGAGACUGGGAAGGUGAAGGCUCACAAACGCCACUUUACGAUAACGAUAAAGUCAAACCGAGGAAAAGGUUGGUGAAGAAAGCUUCUAGUGGAAAGGAGACUAUCGAAGUUCCUGAAUUGAUUGAUGAGGAUGUUGAAGAUGAAGAGUUUGAUGAGUUCAUGGGAGGAGGAGGACGCGGUGGUGGAGGUAGUACAGAUUAUGAUGAUAAAGUUGGUAGGAAGAGGAAGAAGGAGAAAGAUCGAACUAGUAGCGGCAGUGGGAAGGAGAAGAGGAACAAGUUCUCAAGCCGCGGUGAGAGGAAAUCGGAAGAGAUCGAUGAGAUGUGGAAAUCUAUUGCACGUAAUCCAGAGAAUGAUGAAGAAGGUGUUAGGACUAUGGAUGAUGAUAAUUUCAUUGACGAUACUGGUUUGGAUCCUUCUGAGAGGUAUGGAGGUGAUGCUGGAGACCGCUCACCAACUCAUUAUCCUCAGGCAGAGGAGGGUGAGGAGGAUGAGGAUGAGGUAAAUAACCUUUUCAAAAUGGGGAAAAAGAAGAAAAAGACUGAGAAAAACCCUGCGGAGAUUGCUCUCUUGGUUGAGAAUGUUAUGGCUGAGCUUGAAGUCACUGCAGAGGAAGAUGCAGAGCUUAAUAGACAAGGGAGGCCUGCUAUCAACAAGCUUAAGAAACUUUCCCUUCUUACCGAUGUUCUUGGAAAGAAGCAGCUGCAAACAGAGUUCCUGGACCAUGGAGUUUUAACUCUGUUGAAGAAUUGGCUUGAGCCUCUUCCAGAUGGAAGCUUGCCGAAUAUAAACAUCCGUGCAGCUAUUUUGAAAGUUCUUACUGAUUUUCCGAUUGACUUGGACCAGUAUGAUAGAAGGGAGCAAUUGAAAAAGAGUGGGCUUGGAAAGGUCAUUAUGUUCUUAUCAAAGUCUGACGAGGAAACUACUUCAAACAGACGACUUGCUAAGGAUUUGGUUGAUAAAUGGUCUCGUCCAAUUUUCAACAAGAGUACUAGGUUUGAAGACAUGAGAAAUGUUGAUGAAGAUAGGGUUCCUUAUAGAAGGCCAGCAGUGAAGAAACCUGCCAACAAAGCUCCGACAAUGGAGUCCAGAGAUGGUGACUUUGACUUGGAUAUUCGGCAACGUAAAUCUGGUCUGACCUCGGGUCAGAGUUCAAGGGGAGAUAGGCAAAUGACAAUGAGACCGGAAGCAACCCCAUUGGACUUUGUGAUUCGUCCUCAAUCCAAGAUUGAUCCAGAUGAGGUCAGAGCCCGUGCUAAACAGGUUUCUCAGGACCAGCGUCGUGUCAAGAUGAACAAGAAACUGCAACAGCUAAAAGGAACAAAGAAGAAGAGGUUACAAGCGACGAAGGUGAGCGUGGAAGGUCGGGUGUUGAAAGGUCUUGGAGGUGAAGUCAAAAGGCUUGAGGCAUUUGGGUUAUCUAUACUUUAUAUGUACUCUACUAUAAAUGGUUUGCUUUUGAGUCUCUAA